CAAGAGAUGAAAUUUUCCUCUUGUCUCAUCAGUUACAGAUUUAAAAUUAUUUAGAUAAAAAUAAAAUAACAAUGUUCAACGAGACUGAUGUUAAUUUGGGUCACAUGACAUUAGGAUUUGUGGAUUAUUUAAUAUUCAUUUUACUUCUUGGAGUGAGUCUCUUAAUCGGUGUAUAUUUUGCAUUUUUUAGUAAACAAAAUAAUACAAAUGAAUAUUUAUUUGGUGGAAAAACAAUGAAUUAUUUACCAAUUGCAAUGAGUAUACUAGCAAGUCAUGUAUCAGGAAUGACUCUUCUCGGUGUACCAACUGAAGUUUAUUAUUAUGGAUCACAAUAUACUGCUGUUAUUUUUACAACACUAUUUACAGCAAUAAUAACAAUAUAUAUAUUUUUACCAGUAUUUUAUAAACUUCAAUUACCAAGUACAUUUCGUUAUCUUGAAAUAAGAUUUGCAAAACCAGUUAAAUUACUGUGUUCAGGUCUUUAUAUUAUUUCGCUGCUUAUAUAUAUACCAAUUGUUGUUUAUGUACCAGCUUUAGCAUUUUCACAAGUUACUAAAUUUAGUAUUCAUGCGCUUACACCAAUUAUUUGUAUUGUUUGUAUCACAUACACAACAAUGGGUGGAUUAAAAGCUGUUGUUUGGACUGAUACAAUACAAUUAUCAUUAACAUUUGGUGGACUUAUUGCUAUUCUUAUUAUUGGUAUUAAAAAAGUUGGAGGAUUUGCUGAAGUUAUAAGAAUAUCUGAUGAAGGAGGAAGACUUAUUUUUUUCAAUACAAAUCCUGAUCCAUUUCAACGAAGUUCAUUUUGGGCAAUGUCGGUGGGUAUGACAUUUCAUUUUGUUGGUCAUAUUAGUAUUAAUCAAGGUGUCAUUCAAAGAUUUCUCUCGGUACCAACUCAAAGACAUGCAAUAAUCUCUAUGUUAUUAAUGUCAGGUGGAAUGAUUUUUAUAAAGCUAAUAGCUGUUCUUGUUGGUCUAGCAAUAUUUGCAUAUUAUUAUAAUUGUGAUCCUCUUAUAACAAAUGCAAUUAAACAAAGUGAUCAAAUAUUUCCAUUUUACGUAAUGGAUAUUACUGGUAAUUUAUCAGGUUUACCUGGUCUAUUUUUAGCUGGUCUAGUUAGUUCAGCAUUAUCAACAAUGAGCUGUAGUUUAAAUACACUUUCAGGUAGUAUCUAUGAGGAUUUUAUUGAUUCUUGGAUACCUGAAAAUGAAAAUAAAGAAGAAAAAGCAGCAAAUAUAAUGAAGAUUCUUGUUGUAAUAAUUGGUGUGGUAUCAGUUGGUCUUGUAUUUGUUGUUGAAAAUUUAGGUACAAUAUUUGAAAUGGGUAUAAGUAUGAGAGCUGUUGUUGAUGGACCAGUACUUGGAUUAUUUAUUCUUGGUAUUAUGGUACCAUGGGUUAAAACACGUGGUGCUAUGAUUGGUACAUUUACAUCACUUGUUAUUUUAAGCUGGCUUGGUGGUGGUACACAGUGGUAUAAAAUACAAGGAAAAUUAAAACAUAAUAAAUUACCAGUAUCUGUUGAUGGUUGUUCAUAUCCAUUAAAUGAAACAAUCAUAACACAAUUAUUAUUCAAUGAUGAUGAUGCUCCAAUAAUUUAUCAUUUUUCAUUUUUAUAUUAUACACUUUUGGGAUUAUUUAUUUGUAUAUUUACUGCUAUAAUUGGCAGUAUUUUAUUAGGUGAAACUGAAUUAAAUAGUAUUGAUCCAAAUCACAUUACACCAAUCAUGCAACGUUUUUUACCAAAAAAAAAUAUUUAUCGUGAAAUACCAAUGAGAAUAAUUGAUGAUGUUAUGGGUCCAGUUGAUAAAUCUAUAAAAAAUUAAAAUAAUAAAAUUGAAUGAAUAUGAAAACAAAAUAUAAUUGUAUAUUAUCAGUAUAAAAUAAAUAAGAAAUUUAAUGUAAAAAAGAAUUAUCAAUACGAUUUUUAAAAAAUUAGAAUUAUAUAUUUUUAAAAGUAUUGUCAGUGUGCAUGGUGUGCAUUAUUAUAAUUUUUUUUUGUUACGAUCAUAAGCAUAUAGCCAAAUUGAGGAAUCCGGAGUUGCGUUUAACAGACACCUGUUGAUAUAUAUAACAGACACUUGUUGAGUGAAGAUCACUUGUUGAUUGCAGUAUCACCUGUUGAUUCACAACUUGUUGAUACAUGCAACCUGUUGAUUUAUAACUUGUUGAUAUACAACCUGUUGAAUGUUGAUAAAAAAUCAAGAAUAAAAUAACUUU